AUUAUUAUAUGAAAUGUGGGUAGUUUAUUCCAUGCAGGGUAUUUGUAAUAAAAUGAAUAUAUACAUUCUUUUGGCAAUUUGUUGCGUUGUUUUCGGGCAUACUAAUGAUCGCCUCUUGAGACGACGCAAGAGGGGUGCGGAGGGCGCGACAGGCGCCCUUGACAUCGUCACGAACAACGCUCAGCCUAUACAUGCCGAGGUCAAAAGGGAAAAUGCCGAGGCCGUCGAAAAGGUAACACCACCAAAGGAGAUGGUGUUCGAAACAAAGUCACUACGAAAGUCAACACCGCUGACCACUAAAUUAGAUCUAAUUCGUGGCAUCAGCAGAAUUAUUACAUUAUCUGUGCUCGCGAUUUCUGCUAUAUUUGAGUUCUUUCCUUUCUUCCGACAGGCUUACGAUGCUGUUAUUGAAAUGAUGUACAAUAUAUGA